CGGCCAGGCGCCUAGAGGGAGCGCGGGGAAGACGUGGGGGGGAAGCGAGCCCGCGGGCCGGGCUGACGCAUGCGCACGGCCGGCCGCCCCGGUCCGGCUCCAUCCGCUCUCGGCUCGGCCCGAGGCGUCCACUGGACCGGAGGGCAGGACGUGAUGGCCGUGGGUACGGGCACCUCGCUGGCGCUCUCCUCCCUCCUGUCCCUGCUGCUGUUCGCCGGGAUGCAGAUGUACAGCCGCCAGCUGGCCUCCACCGAGUGGCUCACCAUCCAGGGGGGCCUGCUGGGCUCGGGCCUCUUCGUCUUCUCUCUCACCGCCUUCAACAACCUGGAGAAUCUGGUCUUUGGCAAAGGAUUCCAAGCCAAGAUCUUCCCCGAGAUUCUUCUCUGCCUCCUGUUGGCUCUCUUUGCAUCCGGCCUCAUUCACCGUGUCUGUGUCACCACCUGCUUCAUUUUCUCCAUGGUUGGCCUGUACUACAUCAACAAGAUCUCCUCCACGCUGUACCAGGCAACAGCUCCAGUCCUCGCCCCAGCCAAGGUCACGGGGAAGGGCAAAAAGAGAAACUGACCCUGCGUGUCCAAUAAAGUUGAUUCUUUGUA